GACGCAUGCGCCGGUCCCUGUCGGGUCCCUCGGUUGCAGGCGGCGUCGACGUCUGCGUUUCCUUACGGGCGUCUGUGCGCCCCCAGGUCUGUAGAGGAUGCCAAAUGAGGGAAUCUCCCAUCUGAAUCAAACUCAGGAGCAAGACUACUUUCAAGGUCAACAUGGCAGUGAGAGUGAAGAAAUGACAGUCCAGCCAGAAAAUGAUGGCCACGCCGGGGUGGAGGAGAGUCUUCCGUCAUGUUCCUCUGCCAGCGGGCUGUCCACGUCCAUGUCCAUGGGAGGGUGUCCGCCAGAGGGUCCCAAGAAAGGGCUGGCCAGGCUUCACAUCGACAGACACCAGAUCCAGACGGUCGAGGCGAGUGCACAGGCCCUUGAACUUCAGGGCUUGGGCGUGGAUGUCUAUGACCAGGAUGUGCUGGAGCAAGGUGUGCUUCAGCAGGUGGACAGCGCGAUCCAUGAGGCCAGCCGCGUGGCCCAGCUCGCUGAUGCGGAGAAGGAAUAUCGUUCCGUUCUGGAUGACCUCACGUCAUGUACAACAUCCCUAAGGCAAAUCAAUAAAAUUAUUGAACAACUCAGCCCUCAAGCUGCCACCAACAGAGACGUCAACAGGAAACUAGAUUCUGUAAAACGACAGAAGUAUAAUAAGGAGCAACAACUGAAGAAGAUCACAGCAAAACAAAAACGUCUCCAGGCCAUCCUGGGAGGAGCAGAGGUGAACAUUGAAAUGGAUCAUGCCAGUCUGGAGGAGGAGGAUGCAGAGCCGGGCCCGUCCUGUCUCGGCAGCAUGCUCAUGCCCGUGCAGGAGACUGUUUGGGAAGAGCUCGUCCGCACUGGCCAGAUGACACCUUUUGGUACCAAGAUCCCUCAGAGACAGGAGAAAAAGCCUAGAAAGCUAAUGCUCAACGAAGCAUCAGGCUUUGAAAAGUAUUUGGCAGAUCAGGCAAAACUGUCUUUUGAAAGGAAGAAGCAAGCUUGUACUAAAAGAACAGCUACAAAAGCUCGGGCCUCCGUCACUUCAGAACUGAGUUCAACAUGCAGUGAAAACAAGCCAAACAAGAGAAGCCAAGGUCUCUCAAAAACAGACAAACGGUUGAAAAAGAAGAUCAAAAAACUCCAGAGGAAGGCUCUUCAGUUCCAGGGGAAAGUGGGAUUGCUAAAGGGAAAGAAAUCACUGGAGUCUGAGGUGAGGCCAGAGGCAGAGGGAGACUCCCAGGGCGAGGAGUCUGAGUACUUGCCCUCAGAGGAGGAGCAGGAGGCGGCGGUGGGGCCUGAGCUGUCGGGAGAGGGCGCCGACUACGAACUGAAGCCCUUACACAAAAACCGGAGACGGAGUAAGAAAGCUGCAGUGCAGGAGGUUGAUGAUGACUUUUUCCCAAGUUCUGAGGAAGAAUCUGAAGCUGCAGGAGGAAGCAGAGGUCGGAAAGUAUUGAGGUGCAGAGAUGACGGAGAUGAAGAUUACUAUAAGCAGCGGUUAAGGAGAUGGAAUAAACUGAGAAUGCGGGACAAAGAGAAGUGUCUGAAGCUUGAAGACGAUUCAGAGGAAAGUGAUGCUGAAUUUGAUGAAGGUUUUAAAAUGCCGGGUUUUCUGUUCAAAAAGCUUUUUAAGUACCAGCAGACAGGUGUUAGGUGGCUGUGGGAAUUGCACUGCCAGCAGGCAGGAGGAAUUCUGGGAGACGAAAUGGGAUUGGGCAAGACCAUCCAGAUAAUUGCCUUCUUGGCAGGUCUGAGCUACAGCAAGAUCAGGACUCGUGGUUCAAAUUACAGGUUCGAGGGGUUGGGUCCAACUGUAAUUGUGUGUCCAACCACAGUGAUGCAUCAGUGGGUGAAGGAAUUUCACACGUGGUGGCCUCCGUUCAGAGUGGCAAUUCUACAUGAAACCGGCACCUAUUCCCAUAAAAAGGAGAAACUAAUUCGAGAUAUUGCUCUUUGUCAUGGAAUUUUGAUCACUUCUUACUCCUACAUUCGACUGAUGCAAGAUGACAUGAGCAGGCAUGACUGGCAUUAUGUGAUCUUGGACGAAGGACACAAAAUUAGAAAUCCCAAUGCUGCUAUCACCCUUGCUUGCAAACAGUUCCGCACCCCUCAUCGCAUCAUCUUGUCUGGCUCACCGAUGCAAAAUAACCUCCGCGAGCUCUGGUCGCUCUUUGAUUUCAUCUUCCCAGGGAAGUUGGGCACAUUGCCUGUGUUUAUGGAGCAGUUCUCUGUCCCCAUUACUAUGGGGGGAUACUCAAAUGCUUCUCCAGUGCAGGUUAAAACUGCCUAUAAGUGUGCGUGUGUCUUGCGGGAUACCAUCAAUCCAUACCUGCUACGCAGAAUGAAGUCAGAUGUCAAAAUGAGCCUUUCUUUGCCUGAUAAAAAUGAACAGGUCUUGUUUUGCCGUCUCACAGAUGAGCAACAUAAAGUCUACCAAAAUUUCAUUGAUUCCAAAGAAGUUUAUGGAAUUCUCAAUGGAGACAUGCAGAUUUUCUCUGGACUUGUGGCCCUAAGAAAAAUCUGCAACCAUCCUGACCUCUUUUCUGGAGGCCCGAAGAAUAUCAAAGGCAUUCCAGAUGGUGAACUAGAGGAGGAUCAGUUUGGAUACUGGAAACGUUCUGGGAAAAUGAUCGUUGUUGAGUCCUUGUUGAAAAUCUGGCACAAGCAGGGUCAACGAGUAUUGCUGUUUUCUCAGUCGAGACAGAUGUUGGACAUACUUGAAGUGUUCCUUAGAGCCCAAAAGUAUUCUUAUCUCAAGAUGGAUGGCACCACGACUAUAGCCUCAAGACAACCACUGAUUACAAGAUACAACGAGGACACGUCCAUCUUUGUGUUUCUUCUCACCACUCGGGUGGGUGGCAUAGGAGUCAACCUGACAGGGGCCAACAGAGUCAUCAUCUACGACCCUGACUGGAACCCAAGCACAGAUACGCAGGCCCGGGAGCGAGCAUGGAGGAUAGGCCAGAAGAAGCAGGUGACGGUGUACAGGCUUCUGACUGCAGGCACCAUUGAGGAGAAGAUUUACCACCGACAAAUCUUCAAACAGUUUUUGACAAACAGAGUACUAAAAGAUCCAAAGCAAAGACGAUUUUUCAAGUCCAAUGAUCUUUACGAACUGUUUACUCUGACAAGUCCUGAUGCAUCCCAGAGCACUGAAACAAGUGCUAUUUUUGCAGGAACUGGCUCAGAUGUUCAGACACCCAAACGCCAGUUAAAAAGAAAACUUCAGCCAGCCGUGGGAACAGACCAUAAUGUCUCAGUGUGCCAAAAGCUUUCUGAUCCUAGUGCACCUGCCAGUGAUGCCACACCAUCUGAGGAGAGACCUGCCGUUACCAGAGCUGAAGCAAAGGCAGUAACUUCUAAUCAGGGUGAUCUUUUGAAAGACGCGCCUCAGACACUUAGCGGUCUGACUAGCAGUGAUGGGCUGGAAGAAGAGACAAAGGCGGUGUUGGGACUAGAGGAGGCAUCAGUGAUAAGUGGAAGUGGGGGGUGUUCAGAUUCUCCAGGAAUCAGCAGGACCACUGGGGAAGAGAGCACUGAUGAGAAGCAAGGUCUUUCUGAUCAAGCAGAAAGCUUCAAGAUUCAAGCAGGACCUUUUUGGGGGAAUGAACAAGUGGAAAAUAAUUUUUAUAAGCACAAGUCAAAAACAAAACAUAGUGUAGCAGAAGAAGAGACCCUGAAGAAACACAUCAGGCCAAAGCAAAAGCCUAAGAAGCAUCGCAGAGAUGCCAAGUUUGAAGGGACUCGGAUUCCACAUUUAGUGAAGAAAAGGCAAUACCAGAAGCAAGACCACGAAAAUGAGAAAGACACCAAGGAACGCAGCAAUGAUGAUUAUGUUUUGGAAAAGCUUUUCAAAAAAUCAGUCGGCGUGCACAGUGUCAUGAAACACGACGCAAUCAUGGAUGGGGCCACUCCCGAUUACGCCCUGGUGGAGGCAGAGGCCAACCGAGUGGCCCAGGAUGCGCUGAAGGCACUGAGGCUCUCCAGGCAGAGAUGUCUGGGGGCUGGCUCUGGUGUUCCCACCUGGACUGGCCACAGAGGGACUUCGGGCACACCAGCAGGAGUCAAGAGAAGGUUUGGUCAGAAAAGGAAUUCCAAUUCCAGCUUCUCUGCGCAGCAGCCUUCUUCAGCAUCUCCAAAGAAGUACCAGGAUGGUGUCAUGAAAAAAGACGGGAAAGACAAUGCUCCUGAGCAUUUUAGUGGAAAAGGAGAGAAUUCAGAGUCUUCAUCUGGAGCCCUCACUUCAUCCUCCCUGUUGGCUAAAAUGAGAGCUAGAAACCACCUGAUUUUGCCAGAAAGGUUGGAAAGUGAAAAUGUGCACCUUCCAGAGGCUUUGGUCCCGCCGCCCUCUACAGCUACCACGGAACAUGAUGACCUUCUGGUGGAAAUGAGGAACUUCAUUGCUUUUCAGGCCCAGGUUGAUGGCCAGGCCAGCACACAGGAGAUUCUGCGGGAAUUUGAAUCCAAGUUAUCAGCAUCACAGUCUUGUGUCUUUCGAGAACUCUUGAGAAAUCUGUGUACUUUUCAUAGAACUUCUAGUGGUGAAGGAAUUUGGAAACUGAAGCCGGAAUACUGCUGAUCAAUGUGAACUUUAAAUGGACUUUUCUAGUAGCAAGUUCUGAUUAUUAAUACUCUGACUAGUGAUUAUAUGUUUACCAACAGAAGUUGGCUGCACUGGGUGUUUACUUGGAAUAUCUACCUCAUCAUUAGAACUUUAAGGAAGAAGAAAUUCUUCUUUGAAAGUUAAAAUUUUUUUAUUACAAAUGACUAAAGAAGGACAUACUUAGGUUUGUUUUCUUUCCUUUUUUUGGUACUUUGAAUUAUGUUAUCAAAUCAGGGACCGAAAGGUUAAUUCUUUACAUACCCAAAAGAUACUGUCAGGGAGCACAUUACCGGUUGUUUAGCAGUUUAUACAACAGAAAUCUCAAAAAUUCUUUUUACUGGUGCUAAAAAUGAUUUUUAUAUUUAGCCAGACCUGUUCAGUAACUUCCUUAGACUCUGAUAAUAGCAUUACUUUUGGUGCAUAGCUUUUAAGUCUUUAAAUUUAUCAUUUACCACCCCCAACAAAUAUCAGUUUGCUACCUUUUGAUUCUUAUAAUUGCUUGUAAUUGAUCUUCCUUUAAGGUACUGUUAAAUUGCCAGGUAUUUCUGUUAGUAAAAUAUGAAAUAGCUUGGUAAGAUAAGCAUUUGCAGAAAGCUAUAGGGACUCAGUUUACACUGGCUUUAGGCUAAGCCAAGGGUGUCUAACAGUGACUCUUUGUUUUAGGAAAAUGAAAUGUGUUAUCUUAAAAAAAAAAAAAUUCAAACAGAACCAACAUUAAGUACACGUAACACAACCAGUGCACACACACACACACACACA